AUGAGUACAAAGCUACCAGAUGUAGAGACCCGCAAUAUAUCGCAAGAAACCAUUGACCCUGUUGCUGAAAAGUCUCUCGUAAGACGCCUGGAUCUGGUUCUGCUUCCUACUCUUGCUCUCCUCUACCUAACGCACACCCUCGACCGCGCCAAUCUCGGAAAUGCAAAGACAGCAACGAUCGAGGAAGACCUGCAUCUGGUCGGAAACCAGUACUCGCUCGUCCUGAUCUUCUUCUACGUGCCAUACUCGAUCUUCAACAUCCCAGCCACCGUCCUGGCGAACCGGUUCAACCCCUCGCUCGUUCUUCCUGUCCUUGCUAUCGGAUGGGGAGGCCUUGCGAUGAUAACUGUUGCAACGAAGAAUUUUGGAGGUCUGUUGGGCGCCAUCAGUGGAUUGAUAGCAUAUAGGGCUUUCCAAUGGGAGGGUCCGUUAACGGUGGGUCAUCUUCACUUCUACUCAACAACGCACCAGCUGAUAGAACAGGGCUGGCAAUACCUCUUCCUGAUCGAAGGCGCAAUGGGAGUUCUCGUCGGCACAUGGGCCCUCUUCUGGCUCCCCCGAGACAUCUCAACAAGCCGCUUCUUCACCGCAACCCAGAAACACUGCGCCGCACAGCGCAUGGCACACGGCCACACCGACAUCUCCUGGCUCAAGGGCCUCGCGGUGCUCAGAGACUGGAAAGUAUGGGCCUUCGCGUCCUCAACCUUCCUCUGCGGCGUCGGGUCCGCCAGUAGUUCCAACUUCCUACCAGUCAUGAUCAAGCGAUUAACGAACGACACGGUGCGCGCGAACCUGCUCACCAUCGGGCCGAAUCUCGUUGCGGCGACAGUUAUGAUGACGGUUUCUUUUCUAUCGGAUUAUACGCAGCAACGGGCGUAUUUUGCGCUUGGGUCUGCGAGCGUGGCCCUAGUCGGGUGGGUUCUUUUUGCGUCGCUGGAUCUGGUGAAGAAGACGGGGGUUGGGUAUUUCCUGACGUAUCUGAUUGUGUCUGGCACGUUUCUGCCAUUGUUGCUUGUUCCUGCGUGGAUUGGGGCGAAUACGAAGACGACGUCUGAGCGUGCGGUGGCGAUGGGGUUGAUUUCGAUGUCGCAGAAUCUGGGUGGGAUUGUUUCUUCGGGGGUCUAUCGCGAGCAGGAUGCACCGGCGUAUAGACCGGCGCUGAUUACGGUUUCUGGGUGUCUUGUGGGAUUUUUGGGGAUUUGUGGGUAUAUGAGGGUGGUGUAUGCGAGGUUGAAUAGAGGGCUGGAUUGGGAGAAGCCUUCGAAAGGAGUCCAGUAUAUGCUGUAG